CUCCUUCGUAUGCUGCGGUACACCCAAGGCUGGACUACAAUCGUCACCGCCGUGGGAGUUCUUUGGACCGCCCGCGCUGAAAGCGUCUUCUUUGUUGCGGGUGCCCUCGUGACGUCCACCAUUGCCAAGAUCCUCAAGAUGAUCAUUCGUGAUCCCAGACCGGACAAGUCGGCAGUGACGCGCACCUUCGGACUGCCGUCGACGCACAGCUCUACAGUCACGUUCCUGUGCUCCUAUGUCGUCCUUGGAGUUGCUCAUCGUGUUGCGCUGGGCGAGAAGGGAGGCCUGUCAGCGCUCACCCCGCUCGAGAUGGCUUCCACGCUCUUCCUAGUUGUCUUUCCCCCACUCGUCAUGUGGUCCCGUGUAGCGCUAGGCGUGCAUACAACGCGCCAGGUCGUUGCAGGCGGACUACUCGGACUGACAUGUGCAGUUGGGUGGUGGACACUUUGGAGAGGGACGGUG